AUGGACAACUCUGCUCGACUCAGAGACUUUGCUUUGGUGGCUGCUGGCGCUGGGCUCGCACUUGCAGCGCUGCUGGUAGAGCACCGCUUGCGUCAGCGGAAGAAGGAGUGGCUGCCCACAUGCAGAGCAGCAUGGCUCCAGGAGCCGGCAAGUCCUCUUGGCAGACCUCGGAUUGCAGUUGUGGCCACAGGCAGCGUUGCAUCGGUGAAGAUUCCGGAGCUCGUGGAGAAGCUGAGUGAGAUUGCAGAUGUCACAGUGGUCCUUACAGCGCCAGCCGAGGUGAUGACCAGUCAGCAGGUAGCCGGGCGAUACUCGCCUGAACGCUAUCGUGCAUGGGAGGCCCUGCAGCGCGGCGGGGUUCAUGUUUUGCGCGACAUCGACGAGUGGGAUGGCUACGAGGACGUCUCUUCGGAUUCUGUGGUUCACAUCGAGCUCCGGAGAUGGGCCGACGUAGCGCUGGUGGCGCCAUGCUCCGCGAACACCCUGGCAAAGCUGGCCUUGGGGCUCUGUGACAACUUGGCGACCUCCUUUUUGCGAGCUUGGGAUCCUGAGAAGCCGCUUCUGCUUGCACCCGCGAUGAACACCUUGAUGUGGGAGCAUCCGAGCACUGCGCAGCACUUGAACACUCUCCAAGCUCGUGGCUCCAUCAUCAUCCCGCCGAUCAGUAAGAAGCUGGCAUGUGGCGAUGUGGGCCGAGGAGCCUUAGCUGCAGUCUCCGACAUCCUCCAGGCGUCAAAGGAGGCCUUCGAAGGGGCGGCCACCCGCCGCGCGAGCUCCGGCAUAGGAUCCUGGCGAUUCCAUGGAUUUGAGGAGUGGCGGCCAGCCAAAGACGCUUGA